AAACUCGCUCUCCUGCUGUCUGUAGUCCGCUGUUGUAGCGGUUUGCUGCUCUGACUUUUCACAGUAGUCUACUCCGGGCAUAGUGCUCAAAAAAGUCUCUGGUAGUGUUCUGAUAAUGUUGUGAAGUGUGUAGACUCGUUCGGUCAUUGUUUGUAGGGGAAAUAUAUUAAAUACUGUCCUGGAUUAUUUGGUUAGAAUCAAACUACACAAUUGUAUGUUUUAGCGUUUCUGUCAACAAAGAUCCACUUCAGCCAGGGUUUGCCAAGGGUUCACCCGGGGUGACAUUCCAAGCACAUCUCCAAAAAGUGUUAUCAGUCAGCAGUGGAAGAAUCUCUCCCAGCCGAUGCAGCCAAACAUCCCAGUGGACUGAGGAGGCAGUGCAGGGAACAGGGAAUCAGAGGGGCGCUCCACAUGAGAGGGAACUCUGAGAUUAGAGGCUAAUCCAGGACGAGGCCAAUCCCAGAGGAGCAUCUGCAUUUUUUGUACUUCUCAAGACCCAGACUGUCAUCCAGAUUAUUUCAUUUAAUUUAUUGCCUUUUAAAGACUUAGCUGCUUUUUUUCCCCUCCUUAAACUCCCAUCUUCUUUGCAAUGCCUGCCGAGCGGCCGACUGGAUUUGCUUAACUCUGACAACAAAGGACCAGGAGGGGAGCAAGCCAGAGAGAAGCUGUGUGUGUGUGGGGGGGGGCUGGGGGUGCUGUGUGUGUUUACUGUGUAUGAGGAUAAAGUGGCGGCCCUGUUCUAGGAGCUCAGCUGGUCAGAGGAGGUCUGCUGUAGCACGAUAUGGCACAAGGGUGAGAGUCCGGCAACUGAGAAGAUUCUAAGGGAGUCCCACUCAAGACAGAAAAUUAAGGAGGUGUCACUGUCUGAGGCUUUAUCCUCACCUCCUUUGACCCACUAAGACUGUGAGACACUAAGAAACUAAGGAGUUUGGCAUUUGUGAAGAGUUGUUUUGGCUGGUGACACUGGGGAGCAGUUUUUAGUUUCAUCACAGAACUCUAAGACUUGCAGUCUGCCUUGAGGUCUGUGCAUGCAAAAGCGCAUGAGACCUGGGGCGGUGGGAGAGAUGCCAGCAGGUUCUGGAUGAAUGAUGACAUUCGGGAAGCGCGGCAGAUCAAACCGCGUGGCCGCUGCUGUCACCAGGGUCUGGUGCAAGCUCCCAGCUGUGGCUUGAGAUCUGUGUCUCUGGCACCAGGCCUACCACUGAACUGAGUCACGGUGGAGCUAUAAAAGGAGUGUAAGGGGAAAUCAAAGGCCGGACAGAGCAAGGGUGGUCGGGUGCAAAUUAGAAGGCAGCCUUAUAUCUGACGCGAUCCCACGGAGACUCCACAUAAUGAUUCAUUAAUGAAGCCGUGCUAGUCAGCCAGGGCGGUCGUUCAUGGUAGAAAAGCUUUUUAAAGCGACGACAGCUCAUAAAUGUGUGCUACUUUGUCAAAAUAUUUAAGGAACGAUAUCCAUCACUCUGCAGCCUUACAAUAACAAAUAGAAAGUAAAUGGUGUCUGUGUUGGCUGUGUUAAGUUAACAAGUUAUGUGUAACAAUAAAGGGCCUUUCUUAGUGCACUUCUUAUCUUGUAACAGCAAAUGUCACAGGCAGUUUAAGUAAAAAAAAGAAAAAGGUACUUCCACUGAAAAUAAUUGUAAUUGUUUGAAAACAUUGAACUGUUGGUUUAACUUAGUCGGCUUAAGCCCAUGAGGAGCACUUGGUAGUGUUUUGUUUUAUAAUAAAAUACAUAGUUUGUUUUUCCUCAGGAAGGAACUGUACCCAUUUCUGGAGGUGCUCUUAAUUAUGGACUAAUCCAGGAAAGGGAAGCACUGGAGUUCCUUCGUAGUUCUUUUGUGAGGGAGACCGGAUUGGAGAGUUUGUCUGUUGGCUAUUUUAGGGGUCAUUGGCAGAGGAGUCAGUGGAAUUUAAUUACAGACAUUUUUAGAGCAGUGGACUUUGCCCAGAGAAAGUGUACUCCCAAAUCAAUCAAUGUGAGCAAAAACUAAAGCUCACUGCCAAUAGCAGCAUAUGAGUGCUCGUUUAAUUGUGUGUUCUUAAUAAGCAAAUAGAGAGAAAUCUUGCUGUCUUUGUAAAGAGGAGGUAAAUGGUUGCAGGCAUUGACUGGAGGGCUAUCUCCAUCUGGAGCUACAUUUAUUUCUAAACUGAUGUUUUAUAAACCAGAAACCCAGAGCAACUUUGGAGCCCGGCAGCCCUGACCACAUACCCGCUGUAGGUUUCCAGCAACCAGGGACAUGCAUAUUUUCAACUCCCAUUUCUCUUGACAGAGGCCUUCUGGAUAUGGACAACAAGCAGUGCCAGAAAUGGUACUUUAGUGGUAUGAAUAGCACAGAAAAACGUCAGUAGGAGAACUACAACUGAAACAGCACUGUUAUAUCACUGAGCGGUUUCACUGAGGUAAACGAGGGACAUAGUCCUGCCACAUUCAGGUCUCCUCUUUUGGAACAACGGCAUAGGAGAGGCCUCCUGAGGAAUACUGAAGUUUUGGACCAGUGCCUUUGAAAUACUUUGAGGGAACUUUUUUUGCUGAAAGAGUCAACUUUUCAGACCCUUCCUAAAGGAUUUUUUUGUUAGUGAAGUCGGUUGUGAUCACCAGCAGCAUGAACCUGGGGAAACUCUCUGGCCUGAAGGGCCUGGUGUCCAGCUCUGGCGGGAAGCGCAAGUUCAAGGGCGAGCUUACAGCGGACAUGAUCAGCCCGCCGCUCGGCGACUUCCGCCACACCAUGCACGUGGGCCGCCGGGGAGACGUGUUCGGCGACACCUCCUUCCUCAGCAACCACGGGGGCUCGGGGGCCAACGGCGAGGGCGGCGAUACGGCUGCCGACACCGCCCCCUCCACGCCCGGCAAGAGCGAGGGCUUCUUCACGCGCACACUGCGCCACGUCCGCAAGACCCCCGACCGGCCACAGGGACCGGCCACAGGGGCCAAGGACCUGUCCCCCUCACCGCCAGCUGUCUCGCCAAUCAUCAAGAACGCCAUCUCUCUGCCCAGGCUGGAUGUGGACUCGCCUAAUGGGUGCCUCGUAAAGACGCUGUUUCCCUGUUCGCCUAAGGACUCCGGCUACUCCUACGGUGUGGAGUCUGGUUUCGUCACGUUGCCUCGCCUCUCCCGUUCGGAGCGUCAGCAGCAGGGCGCCUCCUCCACUUGCUCCCCGGACACCUCGCGGGGCUCCCUAUCCGACCUGCCUGUCCUCUCUCCUCCCGCCUCAGGCUCUGGCUGCGACUUCGACUCCCUCUCCUUCUCCGGCUCGCUCACCUCCUUCACCCUGGACCUGGGCCCCUCCCUCAUGAGUGAGGUCUUCAGCCUGAUUGACAGCCCUAACAGCCAACGAGAGCAUGACAAUGCUGUCCCUGAUGACGACGAGGAGCCCGACCUUCCCUACACCCUGCCGGUCACGGCCCCCACCAACGGCCACUCCCAGCACAACCGCAUGGAGGUGGACUCAGCCACCGUGUCUCUGGUGGACUCCCUUCUGAGGGAAGACUACAGCGGAAGCAAGGCCCUGUACGGGCUGGACUGGGGGGAGGACGAGUCUCUCCGAGGGUCCUCCACAGACAGGCCUCUGCUGGGGGCUGGGAGCAGCGGUAGGGGCAGCAUCACCAGCACCAGCAGCGGCAGCAGGCACCACAACCAGGGGAUGGACGCCGAUAAUUUCCAGAGGGCCACUGAUGUGCUGGCACGUCACUACGGCAGCGGUAGGUCCGGAACCGGGUCGGGUUUCCACCACAGCGACCCCCUCGUGGACCCAAUCAGGCCGGCCCAAAGGAAGGCGCUGUACCCCUUCCAGGACGAGGAGGAGGAGAUCAAAGUCUAGCAUCCAGGGAGGGUUAAAACUUGAGAUGGACACCAGCACAUGCAUCCAGUUCAGAGUUUUAGAAAAUAACUGGUUUUCUACAAACACCGUUUCUAUGUUUUUAAAAAAAAAAUCUAAUUGAAUUUCAACUCAAUUAUGGUCUGAGGAGGAAAGUAAUUGAGCUACUUAUUGAUCCCUACCAGUCCCUGUUGGUAGUAAUGAAAAGGUGUGAAACAUUCCUCUUUGAUGGAGAAGUUUUAGCCACUACCAUUAAAUGCUAUACCGGAGUCAGAAACAACCAAGUUGUCAGCUUAUGGUAACAUCAUUCUGUAGACUAUCAUGUUACCCCCCAGUACUGUACUGUAUGCAGUGGAAGGAGAAUCUAUUGUCAUCACUUAUCAGGCUUAUCUAUUGAGCCAGCAGUUUGACCUGGUGGACAUUCUGUGCACAAAUUACUCACACUCAGGACAGUUAUGAUGAGGGUUUGACACCUUGUCCAAAAACUACAAACACUCUGUCCAAACACUACACCAGUCAACUGUGUCCAUAUUUGUAUUGAAUGUACACUGUUGGUAUGCUGAAUGCACAAGUGAUAAACAUUAUAGUAUAUGACUAUUGCAAGAGAUACUGCCUCACUCUGUUAUUCAAAUAAGACACUAGAUCAAAACUAAUGUAUCUAGAACAUUUAUGGGAGGGAUAUUAAUAGCCAUACUUCUUCUGAGCCUCUCACUGUAAUCAUGGUUUGUGUCUUUGUAAUCAAAACUCCUUCUAGAAGGUUUUUAUUAUGGUUCCUGUUUCAUGGGUCUAAACUCCUUAAUGACACCCUGAGAGUGGGUGCUUCAGGAUCCUCAAGGUGUCCUGUGACCGAUUCAUUUAGAGACGUGACUUGAAUGUGAUUUCCGAGGAGAUGUUUUUGUUUUUAUAUUCUGUUUGUUAGCAAGUAAUGAAAAUGCACAUGUACACAAAUAUUCUACAUUUCACCAGAGCUAUUGUUUCAAAUAACAAUAAAGAUCCUUAAAGUAAUGUAA